GCAAUGUGGUGUCUUCUUAACCUGGUGCAGCAAAAUUUCUAAUGUUUGCCUUUUCAAGGCUUGAGAAUUCACAAGAAUUACAUAUCCAAACUCAUGUCAUCCGACGACGCCGCACCAUCCACCAGCAAUGGCACCUCUCCGCAGCUCGAACUUGACGUUGCUCGACUGCACGCGCUGCCUUCUGAGCAACAGGAGCUAUACCUGCUGACCUUCACGUCCGACCUUGCGCGUCACGUUUCUGCACUCGACUCUGAUGGAGCUUCAGCGGAGCAAAUAUACUUGAAAAGAGAGCUCUUCCAGAUAAUAACCUUGUCCUCGCCGGCACCAACUCGCGCAAUACGCAACAAUAUCGGCCGAUGUUUUGCCGGGAUCUUUGGAAAAGGGGACCGAAAGCUGUUAUUCGAAUCCGUCAACGAACUCAUCUCCCUUGUUGCUGGGGGGAAACAGGAAAAGGAGCUUAGGAGCAAACAUGCAGCGGUCCACUGUUUAGGUGAAAUACUUAGGGCUGCCGGAGACAGUGUAAUCAGUCUCGCAUCGCUUGCUUGCUCGACGCUGCUGCGUGCGCUGAAGCACGCGCAGAACCAUGCUGGACUGCGAAGCUCAGUUUUCAAGGCCUUGGCAAAGAUCCUUGAAGCAGUUGGCGGCUCGAUUGACGAUUCUACAGCUCGGGAUAUUUGGAAGCCUGUGCGCUCAGCGGCCGUUGGGGACAAGGCAUCUCUCGUUCAGGCAAGUGCCUGUAAGUGUUUAGAGGCACUUGUGAAACGGACACCUUAUUUCGACAACCAGAAUGACCUCGAUUUGUUGAAAUCUACAAUUUGGAAGAUAAUUGAUAGCUCCACGCCAGCUGUCAGGCAUUCUGCUGCUAGCGCUCUCAGCGCGGCCUUGGUCAAGAACUAUUCCGAAUUUGCAUCGAGAGAUGCAUCGUCAAAAUCAAAAAAAUCGAAAAAGGUCAGUAAAAAGGCGCCCUCGGCGCCAAUUGACGAAGAGGAUAUCGAACGGCCGGAGUCACCAACAACAAAGCCUGGGGCGCAACUGGCAUUCAGUCUCGGCGAAAUCCUUAGGCAUUUAUCGAACCAUUACGUCCGAAUGUCUACAAACAACAAAUCGAGAGCGGCUCUUGCAAUCUGCUACAUAAGGGUCAUUCAGGGGCUUGGACCGAGGGCCGUGGAGCGCCAGUACGGCGUCAUCGCCAGCCACUUUUUCGACGAGAUUUUGAGCAAUCCAAAUAUCUACCUCAACCGGUACAAACUUCUGACUGCCCGGAACUUCAUCCGCAUUAUUUUGGAAGGUGUAGUCGGCGAAGAGCUGCUGGGCGAAGCUGGUCAGCUUAGCGCCUCAAAGUGGCUAAUCAAUGAUAUCCUCAAAAAUUACCCUCAAGUCAUGAAGGAAAGACCAGAGCCCAAUAAGCAUGUUCUCGUUGGAGCUCUGAGUGCUCUUGCUUCUCUGAUCGACGCACUAGGAUCUGCGGUGGGCAACAUUGCAGAAACCUGUCGAGAUACCCUUCUUCAGGUGCUCCAAAAUCCUAGCUAUUCUGUCCAGAUCCUUACGUCGCAUUGUUUGCGCAGUCUCGUGCUGGCAGUUCCGCAGCAGCUGCUUCCGUGCCUCACCAUCUGUAUGAACAGCGUCAAUCGUGAAUUGAAUCUGCUGUCAACCCCUCGGCAUUCAUCCAUCCGGUGCCUAGGAUUUUCCAAUGCCCUUUCUGCCCUUCUAAGUACAAGCCCCCUGCAGCCAUUAUAUGGCUCCGUCGAUGUCUUUUCUCGAAUUCUUUCGCUAGCGACCGGACUUCUAAAAUCGAGCAGUCAGUCUGAGCUUCGAGUUUCAAGUACUCAGAUACAAGUUGCCUGGAUUUUAAUAGGCGGCCUGAUGACACUUGGUCCAAAUUUCGUCAAGAUCCACCUUUCGCAGUUGCUACUCCUCUGGAAGAAUGCUCUCCCGAAGCCCCUAGCCAAGGACAAUACAGCUCAACGGAGCCUUUUGGAGCUAAGUUUCCUAGCACAUGUUCGAGAGUGCGCUCUCGGUUCGAUGCUCGCUUUCCUUGAGAAUAAUGGAAGGCUUCUUACCGUGGAUGUUUCUAAGCGGCUUGCUACGAUGCUUCAAAAUACUACACAUUUCUUAAGUGGCCUUCCUAGCAAGAAAACCACCGAGGAUGUUUCUCAAAGACUUGCAUCGUCACUGCAACUGAGGGAUAUAGACCUGAUGGUCAAGCGGAGAGUGCUACAAUGCUAUAUUCGGCUGGUGAACCUGAGCCCGACUGAUAGCACGGAAUCGAUACUUCAGUCCAAUGUGCUUACUAUGGCGGUGUCGUUUUUUGCUGAGCCUGACAACUAUUCGCCCAGCUCCCUGAGCACUAAUAUUGCAAGCUCUGCUGGUAAUUUUGAUAGUGUUUGGGAAGUGGGCGACAAUUGCGGAUUCGGCGUGACUAGUCUUGUCAGGGGCCUUGAGAUACGAAGCCUACCGGGAGAGGAGCGUCCCAGCCAGCAGCACCACUGGCUGACGAGACACGGACCAGAAGGUGAAGUAGAUCAAACUCUACUAUCUCCCAUCUGUGGUGCGAUCGAACAUGAUUCCGUGUCGCUCUAUCUUUCACCUUUGAGACGCACAGAACAGCUUCCUGACCCUCCAGCAACGGAGGUCGUCAAUGCAGCGAUUCAACUCUUUGCAAUAUGUCUACCACUGCAAUCGUCAAAGGUUCAGGAGGGCGUGCUUGAGCAGAUAGCCACGUUUCUGUCAACUAAUAGCUUGCAACGCGAUCCUGCAAGAAAGGCAGCAAUGACUAUUAAUGUUGCCACUGCCCUUCUUUCCACGCUGAAAAUAGCUGUAAAAGAGACAUCUUGCGCGGCUGGCAAUCUGAAAGCUCCACCUGUGGAGAAAGGAAUGCAGGAGCUUCUUCGUGAUUUUGUCAUUCAUAAUGAUGAAUACGUUCGUAAUAUAGCUUACGAAGGAAUUGGUCGGCUAUGCAGCAGCGCAGGAAAUGCUUUUACAACCUCUGAAAUCAAACAUCUUGUCGACAUGAUAGUUACGAAUCGAGAGCCCAACGCAAGGGCAGGUUGCGCGGUGGCACUAGGGUGUAUCCACUCUCAGGUGGGAGGCAUGGCAGCUGGCUACCAUCUCAAGACAAUUCUUAGCAUCCUCAUGUCGCUGUGUAAUGACCCUCAUCCUGUAGUGCACUUUUGGGCUCUUGACGGCCUCGCCAGAGUAGCUGACUCUGCUGGUCUAACUUUUGCUGGCUACGUUUCCAGCACUCUCGGAAUGCUUGCUCGGCUCUACGUCGCUGAUACCCACAACGAAGAAGUCUCUUCUAUUGCCACUUCAAAUAUAGAAGCUGGACAUCCUACCACAGCCGCUCUAGCACGAUGCACAGAUUCUCUCAUCAAUGUGCUUGGGCCUGAUUUGCAGGACAUGGCAAAGGUCAGAGACCUUGUCACAACCCUUGUAACUCAGUUCCAAACCGAGGUCGACCCGUUGGUUCUCAUUGAGAGUUUAAAGUGCCUUGAACAUUUUGCCUUGUAUGCUUCGGGUCAAAUGGAUUUUGCCUUGUACGUGCGAAUCCUGCAGAGCCACUUGAAGUCAGCAAGUGCGGAACUCCGUGAUGUUGCAAUUGACGGUCUAUACAACCUGAUGAAGCGCAAUGCGGAAGAGGUCAUCCAGACUGCCGAUGCUGGAUUGGAAGAGCAGCUCUGGCUGACACUCGAUGAUGCACCACACCACGAGGGCAUGCGGAACUUGAUACGAAACUGGCUACAGCAAACAAGCUUAUCUCACAGCGGGCUGUGGGUAGAUCGAUGCCAGAAUAUUCUGACGAAGGCUCGAAAAACAGAAGAAGUAUCUGAGGUACCAAAAGCCGCAGCAAUGCCUGAUUUGCAGGACGAAGAAGUUGCAGGUUUUGCUGCUGCUUCUGGUGCUGCGAAGGAAGAAGCUGGUGAUCCCUUGGGUGCGGGCCAAGAGCUACUCAGGUGGCAAGUCAGGACUUUUGCGAUGGACUGUUUGAGCGAGAUGCUUGCCGUAGUGGGUCGCGAGGUCACAGCAGGCGAAACAGAACAAGCGCAUAAUAUCCUUCAACAGCGGAUUGCAGACAUUGUGCGACUGGCGUUUUCUGCGUCGACUGCCGAUGUUAUUGAAUUACGCAUCUGGGGUCUUAGGGUAAUUGAUCAGAUACUAAAGCUCUUUGGCAAGACGCCCGAUCCGGAUUUCACAGAGGUUUCUCUGCUAGAGCAAUACCAGGCACAAAUAGGCUCAGCUCUCACUCCCGCCUUUGCGGCAGACUCAUCGCCCGAGCUUGCGGCUGAAGCUAUCAAUGUCUGUGCCACUUUCAUUGCAACAGGAAUCGUGACAGAUGUCGAUAGGAUGGGCCGUAUUCUCAAGCUUCUUGUGUCGGCCUUGGAAAACUUUUCAAGUGACUCUGAGAUUGUGGCGAUUGGUGAUUUGAAGAGCCUGAGCUCCAAUGCACAAGUCAUGGUCCGAAUGUCGGUGUUCUCAGCUUGGGCCGAGCUCCAGGUCGCGAGUGCGGAGGAGAAGUAUUUAGUGGAUGUUUUGAAACCACAUAUUGCGACGCUCACUCCUUUGUGGCUGUCAUCGUUGCGGGAGUUUGCACGACUUAGAUUCGAGCCCGACAUUUCCAGUACUGGUCCUACUUCACUAUCAGGAAGCCUCGAUAGCGUGUACUCAGCAUUGAACCGCGAGACGUUGCUAAAGUUCUACCAAGAAUCCUGGUUGAAGCUUGUGGAUGCCAUUGCAAGCUUGAUUGAGGAAGACACUAGUUUUGUGUUUGAUGCUCUAGAUGGAAAGCAGACUGGAUCCCGGGAUACCAACGCUUCUCCCUCAAAGAGUGACAUCAAUUACCGCGAAGAACCAGUAGCAUUCUUUUUUGUGCUCUUCGGCAUCGCAUUUGAAGCUCUUGUGGGUCGCCCAGGUAGCGACAGCUUAGGCACAGAGCAGACAUUGGAAAUUCUCCAAGCCGUGAAAAAGAUUCUGCGACCUUCUGUCUCGGGACAUGCCAUUUACGAAGAAGUUGUCUUUUCGGAGACCAUGGAUCUAUUUGAUCGAUUGGUCCUCACCGAAGGGCUGGAUAUCCAAGCUGUCAUUGUGGAGAUUGCUCGGAAUCUCUGUGUCGAGCACCCGUCAGCCAAGAAAGCACACGAGCCCUCAUCGGCUGGCGACAAUCUUUCUGAAGAGAUUGAGCAAUUAUUCGAGCUGACGCGCAUCAUUGUCAUGGUGUUGGCUGGACUUUUGCCAAACCUGACUGACCCUUCAUCAAAGCUGCGGCAUCCCCUCUCUGACGAGGCAGUUUCUGUCAUAUAUGAUUCUCUAGACGCCUUGGUUGAUGCGGCUGGAGUUUUCCCUGCGGUCAUUCGGACCGAUCUUCACGCCAGCAUUAUUCACAUCUUCUCCACCAUCCUGGGCACGAGCGCUUGUCAGCAAAAGGUUGUUCCGCAAAUUCUUCCGAUCCUCAAACGAUUCAUUUCCUCCAUCGCACAAUUGGAGCCGGAAAAUGCAUUUGAUGACGAAUCAGUCACCACUUCUACCCAAUUGCGCGGUUGCUUAAAACGCUUCCUCUCCAUUCUUUUAAACGCCCAAAAGCGAGAAGCCGAAGCCAGCGUGGCAUGUGCAAAGAAUGCCCUACUGGCCUCCACUUUGCUCCUGACGAGUGGCUCAAGCGCUAUACCUCCAAAUGAUGGCUCACUUUUCCGACUUCUCGACGAAAUGCUCGACUGCAUUGGCGAUACAAUGACUUCCAAAGUAGCUCUAAGCUGUCUCCGCACCCUAUUGCUCAGCACUUCCAGCAGCAGUCAAAAGGCAUCCGCAGCACCCACCAACAACGCCAUCGCCCGCCACUUGGUCCCACGACUGAUUACUCUUCUCUCCAACCCACCUCCCGACGCGACCGAAGCCUUUGUCGCUGCCCGUCCGAUCAUCGCCCAAACAUUGACUCUCUUGGCUCCUACACUCUCAGCCGAAUCUCAGCGUCCUUAUUUCUACGCAGUUAUUAUUCCUGCUCUCCUGGCCCGCGCAACAAUCGAUACCUCUGUUGAACCCGCUGGCGAGUCUCCUUCCCCUGCGGCGACUGCAGCAGCGGCAGCAGAAUCACCAGCACCAGCAGCAACAGCAACACAGGCAAGCGCAGUAUACAAAGAAACCGCAACACGACUCCUCGAACUCGCUGCCGCAGACCAAUUGUCGUUCCGCACUGUCGUUGCACGCAUGAGUCCUGACCAAAAAGCCUUUUUGGAAACCGUCCUUCGCGAGAGCGGAUCCAUGCCUGGUCUAGGUCGUCCUGGUCCUGGCGCGGGUGCAAGUGCCGUGCAUGAUCAAGUCGGAGAUAGGCAGCCUAGCAUUGCGCUCAAAAUGGACUUUGGCGCUUAGAUUUUAAUCUAGGAGAUUAAGAAUCAUGUAGUUUUACUACCAUUGAUACCAAAGUUUCGAGGUUGGGAGGCGGGUGGAGUGUAGUUGGGGAGGGGGUGGAGGUAGGGGAGGUGUAUGGGAGGGAAGGUGCAGGGUGCUCGAUGAGUCUCAUGAGACAAAGUUAUAUAACACGUCGGAGUUGCAUGACUAUGCUAGAGCAUAAUGGGUUUCUAUAAAAUAUAAUUCUUUUUUCAUCUUAUCCAAUUUAUUUACAUAGAUGCAUGUACACAUGCAUGUGUUUACAAAGUCUAUUUACAAGCUGCGAAUUCCUUUGCGCCCCUUCCACAGGGC